AUCUUCCUGGCUAAACAUGGCCGUUGACAAACUCACUCAUGGCAGUUAGCACUCGAUAACUCUUGAUUAUUAUUUUUUUUACAAGUCUUAAGUUGCAAAACAAUCUAUUGCGCAGUUACCAAUUCAAUUGUCUUUUUUACCUUUCUGUUAUUUUGGUUUGUAUCUCAUUUUCCUGUGAUUCGUUAGCCGCUGAAGCUAGGUAGCGAGCUAACUUCUCCAUAGGGAACAAUGACAGCGACUUCUGCAGGUAGCAGCAGCUGCCUCACCGCUAAAGGACUGGACAUAAGUCUGGCUGCUCUGCAGCGACAAGACCCAUACAUUAAUGACAUCGUGGACGUGGCCAGCCAAGUUGCCCUGUAUACUUAUAACAACAGGUCAAAUGAGUGGGAGAAGACUGAGGUGGAAGGCACCCUUUUUAUCUACACAAGAUUGGCUUCUCCCAGGCAUGGUUUCACCAUUAUGAACAGACUCAGUAUGGAGAACUUGACAGAGCCAAUCACCAAAGACCUGGACUUCCAGCUGCAGCACCCCUUCCUGCUUUACCGCAAUGCACGAUUGGUUAUCCAUGGCAUUUGGUUCUAUGAUAAGGAGGACUGUCAACGCAUUGCUCAGAGGAUGAAGAUUCUGACCCAGCAGGAGCAGGUCCUGGCUCAGUCUCAGGGUGGAUGGUUGUCACCAGGAGGAAGAGGAGGAGUCAUUGCAGGAGGAGUACUUGGAGGAAGAGGAAGAGUCAUUGCAGGAGGAGUACUUGGAAGAAGAGGAGGAGGAGGAGGAGGAGUUGUUGGAGGAAGAGAAGCAAAGGCAGUGGACAUCAUCCAAAUGUUGACCAAAGCACGCACAGAGUAUGACAAGUCUACGUCAGAGCCAAAGGAGAUCGGUGGCAGCAGUGUUAUUUAUGGAAACCCCAACCUGAUCAAACCAAUACCCGUUAAACCGAACACUCAGGACAGUGAAAGUGCAGCACCCAAGUCUCUCUCUCUGGCCACUCUCUUUGGCUCUCACCAUCACCAGAAAUCCAAACCUGACCCAGUCUCUAUAAUGGCGGCGCCUGGGACAGGGCCAUCAACAGGAAAAGUCGCUCGUCCACCUGUAGCCCGUUCGCUGAAAUACGACAAUACGGUUAACUCUUCCAAAAGUGUGCCCUCCAAGGGAGCGAACGUCGCCAUGGUUGGGUGUUCAGAUGGAGGGCUCAGGGCUGUGAUUGGAGGACAAAUAGUUGGGGAACAUGGUGGAAAUGUUGUUGUGGGCUUGCUGCCGAGUCCCACUACCGCCCAGCAGCAGCAGCAGAGCCAGCCUCAGCACUGCCCAGCCAUCCAGAAACUCAUGCAGGGACAGAGAGGAGUCGGGGUGGUGGGAGGAGUGCUUCAGACCGUGUCCGAGUCCCCAGAGAACAGGCUGUGUGACAACGGGGUGCCGCUGGAGCAUCACCACCACCAUCACCAUAUGUACCACCAUCAUCAUCAGCAGCACCACCUUCAUCAUCACCAGCAGCUUCAAGCUGACCCAAUCAAGAGACAUUUCCAAACGCCGCCCUCCUCCAAUGUUCCUCCUCUGCAGCAGAUCUCCCAUCACCCCUCUCAGCCCGUAAUGGUGGAUGCUGUGUCAUGCUCUCACCUUCAAGCACAACAAAGCCAGCAGCUGUUUUACAGCCUCUCUAAACCUCCAGCAGAGGCACAGCACACCAGCCACUCGGCUUUAACUAUACAGGGAACAGGUUUGCUGCCAUCUCAGGUGACAAAUGACCAAGUCCUUCAUCCUUUACAAGGUCUGUCUUCCCACAUGUCUGGUGUAGUGUCGCCUCAUGAUCUCCUGCAAAAGCUCCAGCUGAUCCAGCAGGAGCAAAGCCUAACUUCCCAUGAUCCCCCUCGACCCUCUCCAGGACUGGCCCCUCGAUUCCUGGGGCCCACUCAAGGUCAAGGUGCAGGCUCAGUUGUAGGCCCAAAUCAGGCCACAGCCACUGCGGGUCAAAAGGCUGCGCUGCAGUUUCAGGUUAUCUCCCCCCAGCGGAUACCUGCCACUGUGGCCCCCAACCUGCUCCUCUCUCCCAGUAUGUUCACUCAGGCAAAGUCUAGUGGUGGGUUUGCAGCGGUUUCCCAGGAGAGCUGCCCUGCCCCCUCGCCCCUGUCCAGACCCCCACUGCAGCAGGAGAUCAGAGUUUUGACCAGGAACCAUCUUCAAGCCACACUGCUGCAUCUGAUCCAGACUGACAGCUCGUUCCUGGACACCAUCUAUGAAGCCUACAUCAGCCGCUUUUCUAAUGACUCCAGCAGCAAGUACUGAUGACUCUUCACACCCUCUGCCUAUAUAUGCACCCUGUUCAGAGCAGGGACGCUCACGCCUAAUACGGACGUACCACUUCCUCCUCCCGAUCCAUUCACACGCACUCCCAGUAUCUCCGGCGCACUGUAUAGCCAGUCAAGUUCUCUAGUCGCGAACAAAAAAGCAGUUAUCAAAAAUUAUAAAUGUGUUCGUUUCCAUAUAAAAAAAAAUAAUAAUAACUUCUCAUCCUGUGACUCCUCGGAAAAAACUAAUCCAGAAUUCUUGGCACAAAUAAGGCACAGCCGUACAGACUUGACCUGUCGUUAAAGGGAAAACGUAGCCAGUUCACUCUCCGUGAUGACAAAAUACGCUGCAACCUCACGGUUUUAACAAGGUGUUUGAAUUUAGUAGUUCCCUGCACUGUGUUUUUUUUAACUAAGCGUAGCAAAAUGUUAAUUUAAUUGUAUUUGUUUUGUUGUAAUGUGUAGUCUCCAUCACAGGCAUCUCACACCAGCCAGCCUUGUGGGCUUUAAUAAACAAGUCUUCCUAGUAUAAGAACUAUUGCUGAAGGAUAUGCUCAAACUGACUUGAACAUGACUUCACUUGCAAAAUUCAAAACAUGUUAAACAUGUUUUGUUUUCUGUGCAUUUGGAAAAAUAAGAAUGUUUAAAUGUUAUCUGAAGUUGUAGGAUGUGAAUUUUCAAUUAUUUUAAAUGAAGUUUUACUAGUUUGCUUUCUAAAGAAUUUUAAAGAGUAUAUUUUUUACUAUCUAAAUUCUUUUCAAAUUAUUAAUAUUAUACCUUGUCAUUUAGAUUUGCUUUCUUUUUUUCAGCAGACUCUAGCUGUGAUAAAUAUCUGUAUGGGUAUUUUAGUUACAGUAAUAAUAUAUUAUUAUUAUGAUGAAGAAUUCAAAAUGACAUGGUAUCCAUCUUAUUUGAAGUAAUAAGGAAAGUAUAGAAGAUUGUUAACCUGCGCUACCUCACAGAGAACUAGUUCAGAGCUGCACCUGUGUUUUCACCUUGUGGCAAAUUGGCAGUGAUCUGAUUGGACUGAUUGGACAUAACACGCUCCUAUAUCACUCAAUUUGCUUUUAUGCCAACAUGAAAUUCCCCUAACUUUUUACUGAUCAGUUUGCUAUUGAUGGGCAGUCCAGUUAAAUAAAAGAUUGUUAAAUGGAGAUUUAAAGCAAUAAAAAGCAGCAAAGAAGGUGUAAAUGCAUCCAAUAAUAACUGCUUGGAGUUCACAGGCCUGUUCAAAGCA